CUUAUAUAGUGGCCUUUAACACCCGCCUCCGAAAGACUGGUUGGCCGACCCUCGAAGAAUGUCGGCGUGGAUUGGCCGCGGCGGCUGCCUGUCAUCACGCUCGGGGCCUGGUGCGGCCUGUGAGGGACCGAGGGAGGCCAUUGCGGCUGGAGCGUCUCCGAGAGCUUGGUCAGGAAUCGAAGAGGCAGAGUGGCUCCCCCGAGGGCUUCCGAGGAGGUGAGGCGGGCGCCGGAGCGGGCAUGCUUGGGGCCGGACGAGCUGUGGGUGCGGCCGAGGGAUACCAGCGGGGCUGGCGCCGGGAGGAGGCUCCGGGGGGUUGUGGGUGGGUGUGGGGAGCGUGGCGGCGGCGGCGGCGACCCCCGCAGACGGCUGCGUGAUGACUUCAGCCCCCCUCCCCCACCCGGAGCUGCGGCUGGAAAGUUUCCCCGCCACCCCUUCCUCCUCCUCCUGCCCCUGGCGAGGGGGCGGCGGAGGCUCCCGCUUUAGGCCCCGGCCGGGUCCAGCCCCCCCUGUUCCCACCCCGCGAGCGCCCCCCGUUCCCACGACUCGUUUUCGUCUCCUGAGCAGCCGCCCGGGGAAAAGCGGUCUGGUGCCGCCCGGGGAGGGGGGGUCGUCUCUCAGGGGUCGCGAAACACGCAGGAGGUCCUUCCCACCCCGCUCCCGUGGCAUCUCCUCGCCUGACAGCAUUGGGCUGACCCGGCUUGGCUGGUACCUGCGCCUCUCUCGCCUCCCUCCUGCCGCUCACCCCCUUCUGUUGCCGCAGUGGUUCUCGUCCUUUGCGGUUUGUGAGCAGGAGAUGCCAGGGAUGGACCAGCCUCUUCGUGCUCUGACGCAGGGGUCGGACUGGAGGGUCCCGGUGGUGGUGGUGGUUUGCUAUGAGCUGCCACCCUCUCUAAACACUGGUCUGGGAGCAAAUCCCAUUGAAUCCAGCGGAGCUUACUUUUACUAAGCAGGCCCGCAUAGGAUUGCGUUGAUGGAAAACCAAGCCCCCCAGGAGCACUUUGGUCCUGCCCUCGCUAAGCUUUCAGAUGGGCGUUUUGCAACAGUCCUGGUACACAUUUUCAAUGCCAGAACAGAGCUAUCUAAUCUGUGCUAUGGAAGGUGGAGGUUAACAACCCAGCUCUGCACGUUUACUUGGAAGUAGAAGCCAUUGAUUUCUGUAGGAUGUACUUUCAAGGAAAUGUGUUUUGGAUUUCUGCCCAAGCUUUCUUUGAAUAUCCCCUGUCCCAUCACGGAGGCACAGUAAACUGUUCUAUUCUUAAAUUAUUGCCAAAGGAGAGAGGGAGAUCAACAAUUCAAGCAGGAGUUAUUGUUUAAUGUAAUUGAAUAGCACAUCUAGGUUGCCACUAGUGCUCCUCUUGAUGUCAUACUUCUCUGGAUAAGAAUGACUGUGCUUUAAAAUUAGUAUGGCGUACUGUCCGCUUGUCAAAUUGUUGAGUUUGAGUUGUGUUGGAUUGUGUAAUUAUAUCCCUCACAUAGAGAAAUUACCUUUUAAGAGAAGUCUGCUUGUUAGAUCACUUUUCCAUUUCAUGUGCCAACACAUAACUGAAAUUAUUAAGAAUGCUAGCUAAAAGUUGCCUUCUAACUUACAUGAUACUUGUUGGUAGCUUAUUUUGUUAAGAGCAUUUUUUUGGUCACAUAUAGGGAACAUGUUUUUCUUCUGCUUCAUUUUUUUACUAUUGCCCUUUAUACACCCCUUCUUACAUUUGAAAGUGCAUUAUUAUCGACCUUGUAUUCAUGUUCUUGUGAGAAGGGUCUCUGUUUAGUCUUUUUUUAAUAGAAGGGGAAGGUGAUUCUGGGGUAUUUUUUACUUGUUCAGAAUCAUGGAUAUUCAAAUCCAAUACAUUUUCUGUUAGAUAUAUAUUGGAGAUAGUUUUAAUGUCAAAUAUUGUUUUGGUACUGUGAUAUGUUAAACAUAUACUGAGUUCCUCUGAAAGUAGGUAGGAUGUAAGUUUUAAAAAGAAAUGUCCAUAGUACAGUCUAAGCAGCUGAUAUACACACUGGAACUGCACCUCUAACCUAAGAACAUAAGAUCAAACUAGAGGCCUGUCUCGUUCAGCAUUUUAUUCUCCCAGAAGUCAACCAGAUGCCUAUGAGAAGCUUACAAGAAGGAUAUGAGCACAUUAGCACUCUCUUACUUGUGACCCCAAACAAAAGAUAUUCAAAGGCAUACUGCCUCUGAUACUGGAGGUAAUGUCAUGAUCAUAUCUAGGAGCCAUUGCUCACCUCCCUGAAUUUGUCAAAAUACUUUUUAAAGCCAUCCAAAUUGAUGGCCAUCACUACAUCUUGUGAUAACAUUUCCCACAGUUUAACUAUGUGCUAUCUUGUUUGUACAUCACACUAAGCAAGAUCAUUGCUUAGCACAAAUGUGUGAGAGUGCAGACUUUCAAAGAGGAGAUUGAAGCUGCUGUAUUCCUCACUGGUCAUUCAACUGCUGUGCUAAGCUAAGCCUUGGUCAUCCUCCAGACUCAUGGUUUAGCUCUCCCAAUCAAAUCUUGAGCUGUUAAUCACAGGACAUACAUUGGUUACUGCUCAUGGUUAGUGUGCAGAGAACUAAAGCAUGAGCCUAGGUUCACAUGACACACUAAGCCAAGCCAUACUUUAACUCAACACAGCAGCAGAUUGACUAGAGAGGGGCAAAGUGGCUGUAAUGUCUUGAGAGUCCACACACUCGUGCAUUCAUGCUAAGCCAUAGAUUGGCAUAGUGUGGCAUUUGUACCAGAUCAAUUCAUUGCUUUUCUGUUUUGACUUUCCCAACAUUUAGCUUCAUUUGAUGAAAUUUUUCUAAGAACUAUGAGAUGUGCAACUCUGUCUUAUGCAAGUUCACUCAGAAGUCCCACUGAGUUCACUGAGAAUUACACUGAAGUGUGCAUAGGAUUGAAGCCAUUUUGUUUGUUAAUGUUUAGUUUAGAGCCACUUCGUAAGUUAUGUUUAUACACAAGUACAGUGGUACCUCUGGUUACGAACUUAAUUUGUUCCGGAGGUCCGUUCUUAACCUGAAACCAUUCUUAACCUGAGGUACCACUUUAGCUAAUGGAGCCUCCCGCUGCAGCCACGCGAUUUCUGUUCUCAUCCUGAGGUAAAGUUCUUAACCCGAGGUACUACUUCCCGGUUAGCGGAGUCUGUAACCCGAAGUGUUUGUAACCCAAGGUGUUUGUAACCCGAGGUACCACUGUACUGAACAUGGAUAAUAAUAUUUUGUGUUGUUGCUUUCCAGUAUAUUAAUCACGGCAAAAUUACAAAUGAUAAUUUAUAAAUGGGUUGCAUGUUAUUCCUACAGACAGAAGUCUAUUUCAUCUAAGAGAAACAUAAUUAAUAAGGUAGCCCUUACUUUAGAGUGCAUGUAAAACCACAGCCUAUGGAACUGCUAAUAUAUCUGUGGCAAAUAACCACGCUCUUUUUCUGUACAUGCAGUUAUGAAGACAAAAUGUAUAUCACGUUUCAGGAAGUAGUAGAAUUAAACUGAUGAAUUCUAAACUGGAGCAUUCCCUAUUCAUAUAUACAGUAAAUCAGAUUUAUUCAGGCAUUUAAAUAUUUUUUGGAAAGUGUUGCUAUCCUAAUUUCCUAGCCACACUGACAAUGUGCAUUAAAUAAAUCUGAAUUGGGUAAUAUUGGGAGCCUCUAUGUGCAGAUUUUCAUCAUGUGCAAAACAUUUUACAGUGACUAAAGUUAAUUUUUGAACUAUCUAAAAUCUAAUUCACUUCAGAAAAUUUCAGUUGCAUUGAGUUUUUAUUUUCCCUGCAAUAUAAGCCCUUUUAGUGUUAUUGCAGGGAUGCAUCAAGGUGCCCAAUCCCCUAGUAUUUCCUCAGUCAUCAAAUGAAAGACGCUUUGUACCUACAGCUAUAUGUGUGAAAGCUGUGUUGAUAUAGAUGUUGUUCUGUUUGCAUAGAUGGCAGCAGGUAAAGCUACUUGAUGCACCCCCAUUCCUGUAAUGCUCAAUGCAGGAGCAAUAAUGCCUGAAUAGGGCAAUGGUAAGAUAUAUAUUUGCUGCAUUUAAUUAUUCUAGAUGACAGAAAAGGCCUUCAAAUAUGUACAGGAAGUUACAACAGAGUAAAUGGAGGGAGAGGGGAGAAUGAGGAAGGAAAACAAAAGAAAAAAUAAGAGUAUUGUGCCACCUUUAAGACUAAUAUUUGUAUGAUACAAACGUUUGUUCACUAGAACCUACUUCAGCAUACAGAAAAUGCCUGUAUAAGACCAGAAAAGCAGCUAGCCAGAAAUCCUGUUUUUAUGAGCCUACUAAGAGGCUAAUAGAAAAAGAAAAAGGCUUCUAUCAGGUGGACUGGCAGAGGAGAAGGAGGACUCUCAACCCUUCCUUUGCCAGGUCUCUGUACUGGGCAAGGUGAAAGGACUUGCAUUCCUUGGUAGCCAGAAGAAAACAAGGUGAGCUGGAGAAGGAGGAAGGAUGGAAUGACCCUUCUCUCUUUUGCUUACCUCCCUGUAUGAAAUUCCCUGCCCAUGCCUGCAUGAAAAUUCUGCUUGCCUGUGGUAGCCAGACAAGACAGAAUGAUAAGUUUCACUUUUAAAAGAUCUGUUUUUUCACUCUUAUAAUCUCCCCAUAUGCUGUCAGAUUCUUUCUCAGUACUUCUACAGCUGCCUAUGUCAGUUUUAGACACUAGGGCCAAAUUCAACUAACCUGAUGUCCUACUGGCACACUAACUGCAAAUUUGUUCUGUAGGGUCAGGAACAUCCCCCCUUGAACUGUGGGUAGGUGGAGGAGAGGGUGGUUGUUGUUCUGGCAAGCAGAAAUGCUUGUGCUGAUGGAAGGAUCGGAAGAGGAAGGCAUUGAAUUCCUCCCGCAGAAAUUACUUUGACAUGCAUUAGACAUUUUGGGCCCACCUAUUAACAGAUGGAGGAAAAGAAAAGAUAAGGUGGCAAGCAUGGUCUUGGGCAGUAUUCUGUCUCAGUCAGCUGGUGGAUGAAUGAUUCUCCAUGUCAAAAUGUUACCAUCACAUAGAAAAACUAGAUUUGGUGAGAAGUGUUCAAUUCUAGUCUUCUCCUUGAUGUGCUAGUUUUCUUUGUGCAGGAUGAAGAGCUUUUAGUCAUUUAUGUCUGCUUCUGCAGCUUGGAAUGAUCAGGGGUGAGUGUCCAUGCCACCUCUGACUGAUGUGACAAACUCUUCCUCCGGAGCUUGGAGCUUGGAGCUUGGAGCUGGGGGUGGGGUGGGGAACUGUCCCUACAGUUGCAGCAUGCUUUGGAGACAUAAUGUGAAUAUUAUCUCUCCUGUAUUCAGCUCCAAGUUUGAGGGGACUGUUAAGCCUCAUUUGUAUUGUUCUGUGUUUUGGGGCUCUCCGAACACCUUGGAAGCACAACAUGGUAAGUUCCAGCCCCCUCCUGAACUUGGAUCUGGGGGCUGGGGUUUGUUCCUUGUCGUGGGCUGUAUUUUGUAGGUGUUCGGGGUACCUCAGAAGUUCAGUGCUACAUCAGAGCAAGACUUGCUAACCACUGCAAAUGGAACAGUCCACAAAACUUAAUAUCAGACACACUGAUUAUGAUAACUAUGCCACCAUUUUGUAAAUAUUCCUUGUUUAAUAAAGUACCAUGCAUCUGUUGGCCUUUUGGCCAAAUCUUCAUCAGAGAAGGGCUGAACAACUUUAACAGUUGUAGAGACUGAAUGACCACCACAGCAAAGGGGAAGUACUUUGUAAUGUGCAUAAAUGCGAUUCCUCUUUCUCUUUCCCUCACCAGUUUGUUUAACUUGGUGGUCUUCUACAGUGGAAUCUAUGCUUAAAACAGUGGUGUUCAAUCCUGCUUGCAGAUACCUAGCCACUGAAGAUAAUGAAAAAGUCUGGAUAAAUCCCUAGACUCAGAAGUAAGCCCCAAUGGGAUUUAUUAAUGGGCAAAAUAGGAUUUCAGCUUUAAGUAUACAGUUAAUAUGAAGACUGGUGCAGCUUUGUAAAAGCUUGAGAUUAUCCCCAGGUUACUACCAAAGCAUAGCCUUUGGUAACUGCCAGUGAAUGCUGUAACUUCCAGUCAAGUAGGCAGCAAAUAAUGUGUGGGUAAGAUGCUGGCACUGGAUUGAAAGUGUUAUGAGUGUUUAUUGCUGCUGGUUGUACUGGUGUGUGUGUGUAGGGCACACCACUAAGAUCUGACUAUUUAAAUUAUAAUGCCAAUUUUUUGCACUGGCUCUGUAUUUAGUGAGCUUUUUUGUCUUUCUUUUCUAUUCUAUCUUGCACGUAUUCUGCAAUGAAAUUCUAAUGAGAACCUUUGGUAGCAGUUGUCAUUUUAUAUUCCACUGUGCCUUAUUAGUUGUACUUUUUAUUGAUACUCUUUUUUGCAUUUGCUGUUUGUGUGACUCUUUUGGUGAUCCAGAGCAGGUAAGGAAUGUUAGAUAUGUGCCUGGCUGACUGUAUUGCAGAGAGAAGGGAUCAACGGAAUCCCAGGCAGGGUAAUAUUGACUCUUUGGAAUACACUGGGGGAGGGAUGAUGUUAGGGAAAGUAGGCAGCAGGCACUUGACCACACACACUUACCUGUCAAUAGAACCUAGGUAGUCAUACCAACCCUCCCAGCUUGAAGUGCUAUUGCUGAAUGCCAGGUAGGUGCAUAAUAAAACAUCUUAAGGUGCUGAUCAGGUAUGCAUUACGUAGAACUGGGUGAGCCUGACUGUCCCAGCUGUGCCUACCUGGUACUUAGUAUGACAAUAGCAAGGAUUGCAAAUUCUUUCAUUAGUAAUCCAGUGUCCCUGGGUACCAGGGUCAAGGGAAUGCACCUAGUGUUGGGUCAUGGAUACAGAACAGGGAUUCUCACCCCACUGCCCAACAGCUUCCUUGGCAGAGCUAGCUGGAACCACCUUAGUGGUGAUGCUAGGCACCCAGCUAUGUAUGUCCAUACCAUCAGAACCACAUGUAGCUGGAUCAGUGCUGAACCGGAGCCUAAAAGUGAUAAUAGGCUGGAUGAGGAUCAACAAGCUGAAUCUGAAUUUUGGCAAGACAGAGGUACUGCUAGUGAGUUGUUCUCUGGUCUGGGAAAUGUUUUUUUUUUUUUAAGAAGAAAGAAAAAGGUGAUCAUUGGACUACUUUGAAAAUACAGAUUUCCUUUUUUAAAAAAAUAAUAAUAUUUAUUGCAUUUUAAAGGGUUACAAAAAGAAAAAGUUAAAAAACAGCAUAUUUAAGAAAUACAAAACAUCACAUCACGAUAAUAUAAAAAAAAGAAGAAACAAGAAAAAAAGAGAAAAAAAGAAAAAAGAAAAAAUACAAUAAAUCUUCCCAUAACUUAUCUUUCAUUUGCUUAUUUCCUUGACCUCCUCACACCUCCCUUUUUUGUAUUCUAGUUCAAUUAGCUAUUUCAGCAAAUCCUUUCCAUCUUUUCCAGUUUUUGUCCUCUAUUCUAUCUUAAUAUAAUGUAAAUUUACUUUCCCUCCUUCACCAUUUAGCAAUCUAUUUUUCCUUAAUCCUUUAUAGCAUUUCUGCUAAAACCACAUUAUUUCAUUCCAACAUCCUUCUAACAUUCCUUAAUUUUACAAUGUUUCUGUAAAUAAACUUUAAAUUUCUUCCAAUCUUCUUCCACCAACUCUUCUCCCUGGUCUCGGAUUCUGCCAGUCAUUUCCGCCAAUUCCAUGUAGUCCAUCACCUUCAUCUGCCAUUCUUCCCGGGUGGGUAGAUCUUGUGUCUUCCAAUACUUCGCAAUAAGUAUUCUUGCUGCUGUUGUGGCAUACAUUAAAAAAAGUUCUAUCCUUUCUUGGCACCAAUUGGCCGACCAUGCCCAGGAGAAAGGCCUCUGGUUUCUUCAGAAAGGUAUAUUUAAAUACCUUUUUCAUUUCAUUAUAAAUCAUUUCCCAGAAUGUCUUAAUCCUUGGGCAUGUCCACCAAAGGUGAAAAAAUGUGCCUUCAGUCCCUUUACAUUUCCAACAUUUAUUAUCGGGCAAAUGAUAUAUUUUUGCAAGCUUGACUGGUGUCAUGUACCACCUGUAGAUCAUUUUCAUUAUAUUCUCUCUUAGGGCAUUACAUGCCGUAAACUUCAUACCUGUGGUCCAUAACUGUUCCCAGUCAGCCAUCAUAAUAUUAUGUCCUACACCUUGUGCCCAUUUGAUCAUAGUUGAUUUCACCGUUUCAUCCUGAGUAUUCCAUUUCAACAGCAAGUUAUACAUUCUUGACAAGUUCUUAGUUUUGAGAUCUAACAGUUCUGUUUCCAAUUUUGAUUUUUCCACCUGGAAGCCAAUUUUUUUAUCCAAAUUGUACACCUCCAUUAUUUGGUAAUAAUGGAGCCAAUCUCGCACUCUAUUUUUUAGUUUUUCAAAACUCUGCAAUUUUAAUCUGUCUCCCUCUUGCCAAGGAUGCUGUUUCUGUUCCAAACAUUGCAAAUUUUGUAUAAAAUGGAUUGUUUCAAGAAGUGGCAGAGAGAUAUUUCUAGAUUUGUCUGGCAGGGCAAGAAGCCCCAAAUAAAAUUUAAGAUAUUAACUGAUGCUAAAGAAAGAGGUGGAUUUGCCCUGCCAGACCUUAAACUUUAUUAUGAAUCGGCCGCGUUUUGUUGGCUGAGAGAAUGGCUGCUUCUUGAAAAUACUGAUGUGUUGGACCUAGAAGGUUGUAACAACGUAUUUGGGUGGCAUGCAUAUCUGUGGUAUGAUAAGAUUAAAGCACAUAAAGCGUUUAAAAACCAUAUUGUCAGAAAAGCACUGUUUAAUGUCUGGAUAAGAUAUAAGGACUUGCUUGAAAAUAAAACCCCAAGGUGGCUGUCACCAAUGGAAGCGAAGGCUCAGAAAAAGCUCAAUAUGGAGGCCAAUUGGCCGAAAUAUUGGGAAAUUUUGGAAAAUACAGAUUUCCUUCCCCCUGAAAAAAGGUGGAUUUUCAAAGGAUAUAAAAUCCACACAUCACCAUGAUGAGACUGUGCGCAUUAAACCUGCAGAGGAAAUAAAUUGAUAUGUCCCUCCCUACAAAUGGCUACCUCUUUGGUGUUUCUGUUCACCUAGACUUAUGCUUGAUUUGAUUAACCUGAUCUAAGUCAGAGGUUUGUGUUGUUGCUGUGCUGUUUAUUGUGUCUAUUUAUUAAACUUUCAUUUUUACAUACAUACAGUAUGAUAUUAUUUUGGCUGAUGGAUUGUUUUUAUUUAUUGCUGUAUAAACUGCUUUGUGAGUUUGUAUGGUGAAAAAUGGUCUACAAAUGUUGGAAACGAGUAACAUAAAUAAAAUGGGGACUUCAAAGUUUUUAUACCUCCUGAGACCUCAGUGUAACAAUAUAUUGACAGCUAAUUUAAGCAAAUUCUGUUAUAUCUAUUGUACAGUGCUUUACAAGUCCGUGCAUAAAAACCAGUGAUUUUUAUGGGAGUUUUAUUAAUCCCAGAUUUAAGGACACUCCCUCAGUUCCGAGGAAAGGUUCUGUUACACAAAGUGAACACUCUUCCCCAAUUCCUGGAAUAUAGGGAGUAGCCUGGAGAGCCAGCUGUCCUCAAUACUGUGAUGCUUCUCCACAGUGUGGUGUUAGUGGCAGCUGUUCUCUUUCUUUUCCCUCAACUUGGAGCUAGAAUUUAAGACUAGGUGUGGUAAAAGAAACUCUACUUGCAGGUAGCCUCCAUAUCAUUUACUGCAGAGACUGAGCAUGGACUAGUACUCUCUUUCCUACCAGAGAGGGAAUAGUCAGUCAUUAUGUGGGACGCGGGUGGUGCUGUGGGUUAAAUAAACCACAGAGCCUAGGAAUCGCCAAUCAGAAGGUCAGUGGUUCAAAUCCCCGCAACGGGAUGAGCUCCCGUUGUUCGGUCCCUGCUCCUGCCAACCUAGCAGUUCAAAAGCACGUCGAAAUGCAAGUAGAUAAAUAGGUACCGCUCCAGCAGGAAGGUAAGCGGCAUUUCCGUGCGCUGCUCUGGUUCGCCAGAAGCGGCUUAGUCAUGCUGGCCACAUGACCCGGAAGCUGUACGCCAGCUCCCUCGGCCAAUAAAGCAAGAUGAGCGCCGCAACCCCAGAGUCGGCCACGACUGGACCUAAUGGUCAGGGUCCCUUUACCUUUACCUUUAUGUGGGUGAGGUUUUUAAUGAAUGGGGUUGGAUUAAUUGAUCCUCUUUUUGUUUCUCUUGAAAUAUUUGUUGUUGUUGUUCUCCAUCCUCAUCGCACCUGACUCUGGAGAAGGACCAAAAAAAAAAAAAAAAGGGAAAAGGGAAAAGGAAAAAGGAAAAAGAAAUCAGCAUCCAGGUCUAGUAUAUUUGUCUGGCUUGGCAAAUAGCACAGCUAGGCUAUGUAAACACCGCAGUUUAAAGUGGAUUAGAUGCACCCCAUGUGUGCAACUUCUUUGCAUCUUCACAUGGUAUUGUCUUUAUCCAAGUGGCAACCUCCACUUCCCCACUUUAAUAAAAAAAAAUUUAUUCAGAAGUUACAACACAGUACAGUUACAGUACAAUAAUUUCAAGUCUGCAUUCAUGCUACAAUUGCUACCUAGUGUUUGUAGUGAUUUUAAAGCAACUUUGCAAUGGUUUGAAGGGGAAAAUAUCUAUAGCAUGCUGAAGCCUGGGCCACGCAGGUAUUCUGCAAGAUUGAUUAACUGAUUGAAUGUACUUCAUAAAAUUUAUACACAACUUGAGUGUUUAAAAAAACCCCUCAUAGCAGUUUAUAAAGAGAAUAAAACAAUAUAAUUAUCAAUAAAAGCAAUAAAAACAACUUUAAAACUUUCAAAAGAUAAAAUCAGUAAUAAACUAAAAACAGAUUAAAGCAUAUAUGUCUGGGUAGGCUUAUAUAUACAAAAAUGUUUUGGUUCUUAGGGUACUUAAUGUUUUUUUUUAAAAGACAUAUGGGCUGCAAUUUCAGAAGCAGUGUGAGCCUUGUCACCCCACAUUUUUGAAGCUGAUGCCCUGCCUCCAAUAUAUUCAGCUGCUUCUAGUAAACAUCUAUCAUCUGAAGGAAAGCUGAAAUACACUUGUUUGGCUUUGAGCACCUUUUUCUUUUAACUUUGUGUGCUUUGUGUGGCUCACAGACCAUAUGUUGCCCACCUGAAGAUUGGAGGUUAUGUUUUACUUUUUACACCUAGACAUGAAAGGACUUGCUUUUACUGAAUGUGCCCAGUUCUGAACAGAGAAACAUCUAUGUUGGCUAAGGUAUAUAUAUGUGUGUAUUAUGCACACAGAUGUAAACACUCAGAAACUGACUUAUUGGUAUCUAUGCCUGGCAACGGAAACUGAGUGUAUAUCACUGUCAAAAAUACAUUUUCCCAGUUCUGUAGUGGAAUGUAAUAAAACAAUUUUGAACAUUUCAACAGAAAGAUUUAACUUGUUUAAAUUGUAUUUUGAAUAAAUAGUGAAAUAUAAUCUAAACUCUUUAGUGAGGCUGUUUUUUUUUUUAUUAAACUUGUAAAUUUUGGUUUCCAUUUUGGUUACUUUACUAUAGUAUAGUAUAGUAUACUAUAGUAUAAGCCAACUAGAUUAAAGCUCUGCUACUUACACAAAUGCAAUAUUUAAUAAACACUAAUCAAAUUUACCAAAAGUUUUGGUCAUAUGUAUUAAUGAUUUAUAAGAGAGGCUGAUUUGGCAUCAGAUUAAAGUUUUGAAUUUUCAAUCUCCUAUUCCUUUCUUACUUUCUUUUUCAGGCAAACCGCAGUUUACCUGUAGAUCCAACUAUGCUAACUGUGGUUUGUCUUUCCUUCCACACCAGAACUUUAAACCCACCAAUUCUGCAUUGGAGGGCAAGCACAAUCCAUAACCUGCCAAUUUGGAUGUUGCAGCAAACUAUAGCUGGCUUUGACUUGAUAACCAUACCAUGGUUUGCUAUGUGUGAACCAGCUGCAAACGUAUAAUCAUUUGGAAAUGUGAGUUACUGGUACUUCAUUGCAUGUUCUUUUUUUUCUCCGUACCCUAUAACUUUUCUUGAAUAGAGCGUUGAAUCCAGUUCAUAUUAAUGAUACUUCACAUAAUAUGUUGAGGUUGGUGGAGGAAGGGGAAGAAGCGAUGAUGAUGAUGAUGAUGAUGGGACCAGAAAGGCUAAAGAAGGAAAGUUUAACAUAAAUAUUUCCAUGAAAUUCAGAUAUGACAGGAGUAUUUUGAGGUGGUAUACAGUUGGGCAGGUUUCUUCAAGUCAUCUAGGCCUUAUUGCCAACUUAAAACAUUGUUUUGGCAUAGUAUAGUCUAGUGGUAUUCACCAGCUUCUGCAAUUAAUUUUAUUUUCCAAUCCUUCUGUAUUAUGCAUGUUGUGGAUAUAUAAUUAACUUGAAACACUGUCAAGUUUCUUGAGAUGUUUGUUCACAUAAGUGCAGUCUCUCGUGUAAUUCACAUUAACAUUAGAUAUAGCUUGUCAUCUUAUUUUUAAAAGCCGUUUAAAGCUCCUGCUGCCUGGAUUUGUUUUGAAAUUUUGCAGCACAUUCCCCUAGCAGGCAGUGAAAUUUCUGUAGUUGGCACAGUGAUCCAAACAAAACAGUCUGUUUGGCUGAGGAUAACUUCUUUUUUGUUUGCUUCUAGUGCUGUAACUUAAUUCUCUCCUCCCCACACAGAUACUUAUUAGUAUUUUACAAUAUUUCUCAUAUUCCAGCAAGCACAAUCUAGGAGUUCAAACAUUUUCUGCUCACCAAACGUCCCACCAAGAAGUACAAAACAACUGCUGUGGAAGCAGAAAUCUCUCUACCUCCUGCAUCUGAACCAGGGUGUGGGAAGGAAGAUGUGUUUUCACGCAUCUUUUACAACAUGAAAGCACUGGCAAAGCACCUGCUGAUCAUCUUCUUAGUCUUCUGCACAAAAAAUGUAUCUGGAUUUGGGACCAUUGGUAAUAAUAAAGUAGGAGUGCAAACAAACAUCAUACAUGACAUUGUUUGACUUAACAUAUUUACUGAAAAGUAAGUCCCAUUAAAUUAAAUGGACCUUAUACUCCCAGAUACAUGGGUUCAAAACUGAAGAGUUGUGGGUUAAGAAUUUCAUUCAAAAAAUGUAUAACUUGAUAGCAGAGGUGGCGGACAUUGGUUUGCGGCUCUUUUGAGGGCUGUAUGCCAACCUGAGCCAAUUUAACUCAUGCACACAAGCUUGCACAUGCGUGCACACUCACUCAGGACACACAAACUCAGAAGGAGGAGGAAUAGACUUAGUUCAGGGAGUUGGACUUGAUGGCCCUUGAGAUUCCUUCAAACUUUACAAUUCUCUGAAAUAAGUACAGUGGUACCUCAGGUUACAUACGCUUCAGGUUACAUACGCUUCAGGUUGCAGACUCUGCUAACCCAGAACUAGUACCUCGGGUUAAGAACUUUGCUUCAGGAUGAGAACAGAAAUCGUGCUCCGGCGGCGUGGCGGCAGCAGGAGGCCCCAUUAGCUAAAGUGGUGCUUCAGGUUAAGAACAGUUUCAGGUUAAGAACGGACCUCCGGAACGAAUUAAGUACUUAACCCGAGGUACCACUGUACUGAACAUAAGUGAAGCGCGGACAGGCAACACACAUAAACAAAGAAAGAGAGGACAGACAGUGACACAAACUUAGCAGUGUCUUUGCUGUCUUGGACAGCUUUGGUGUAUGAGGGUCAUCGGUUGCUCCAGUUCUUCCUUGGGGGGGCAAAAUGUUAAGGAUUAAUGUUAAUGGGUUAAUUCUCUAUGAAUCAGCAGAGAUAACCCAUUCCGCACCAUGCACCUGCAGGCAUCUUGUGACUCUCUUAUCUGUGCUAGUGGACGGAUUUGGCAAGUGACUUUGUGUAUAAAAGGGCUCAAGGUUAUAGCAUACUGUGUGGGUCAUGGUAGGAGAAUUGCUGAAGGCUAUCUGUUGGAACUACGGAUUCAAGUGAAAACUUUUUGAAAAGAUCGUCUGAGGAAGAAGUUGGAAAAUUUGUGGACUUCAGAAGUUAGAGAACUCUUAUCACAGGCAUCCCCAAACUCUGCCCUCCAGCUGUUUUGGGACUACAACUCCCAUCAUCCCUGACCACUAGUUCUGUUAGGGCUGAGUUUGGGGAUGCCUGUCUUAUCAGCUGCAGGACUUUGAAAGCAACUGACCUUAGGACUUGACUGUGGACUUUAACACAACAAGGACUUUGAAGCAAAGAACCCUCUCUGGGCUCAGAGAGAGAAUGCUACUUGUAAUGUUUGUAAAUAGUGUGUGUCCGUAUGUCAGUAUUAGCCUAAUAAAAACAACUCUCCUAAAUGGCUGUUUUCUGCAGUGAGCUUAAACGGCUUAACUGAAGCUUUUUCAGCGCCAACACACAACACCCUGUUGUCUCCUCCUACUUCAUCAUUGCCAUGGGAAGGAGUAAGAAAGCCUCCUAUGUUUGAAAAGGCACCCUUCUCUAUCUGGUGUGGCACCACUGCUAGAAGAUUUUAGAUAAGAAAUGGAACAGAAUGCUUCUUCCUCUGUUCCAAGGCACUUGAAGACAUUCUACCCAUGGAACUGACUGGAAAAGAAUGGUGCUGUGCCAAAAGGAGAAGAGGUAGACUUCUGGACUCCAUGGGGCAGCCACUUGCCUAUUGUUGCCUGUUACUUGGGAGAGGGCAGGAAACCCACACAGAAUAGGACAUGUGUGCACAGGAAAUGCUAUCUCAGCUAAGAUAGCAUUGCACUGAUCAGUCAUUCUGCUAAAAUCACUUUUGGAUCAUCCAUUAUGCUCGUCAAGUCUCUUAAGUUAGUCAUCUAAAUGCACAUCAUGCUUUGUUCUCUCAGUGGUUGUCUAAUUUCUAAAGAGAAAUGCUGUUGGCAGCUUUGGGUACAUAUUUAUAAGAAGUUUCACUUUUUUUGGUUCUCUUUCUACAGAUCUUGAAAACUGCCAAAUCCUGGGAGGUAAACUACAUGACACUACAUCAUGAGCGAGAGUAAAUGUGACAGUCAGUUUUACAGUGUUCAAGUCUCAGACUCGACAUUCACUGUACUAAAACGUUACCAACAAUUGAAACCUAUUGGCUCUGGGGCUCAAGGCAUUGUAUGGUGAGUAGCUACUUACUGGAGAAAACUAGUAUAAGCAUCAAACUGUAAUAUCACCAAAAUUUUGAUCAAGGACUCAAAACAAAGUAUUAUUAUUAUUAUUAGCCGCCCAUCUGACUGGGUUGCUCCAGCCACUCUGGGCGGCUUCCAACAAAUUAAAAUACAAAACACAGUAAAACGUUAAACAUUAAAAUCUUCCUUAUAUAGGCGUGCCUUCAGAUGUCUUCUAAAAGUGAGGUAGUUUUUUAUUUGCUUGACAUCUCAUGGCACAUACCUUAAUUCCACACAUACAUAGAAACAACAGAAUCUAAACAUUAUUUUGAAGUACAGUACUGUUCCGUGAUGAAGUUGAAAAUGAACAGAACCUUUAAAAAGUCCUGUGUCAGAAUAAGAGCUCAACUAAAACAACAAGUUGAUUAAAGAAAUUAUGUAAUCUUAACACCUAGAGAAGAAUUGUCUCUUAGUUUUUGACUGAGAUAUAAAUGCACCUGCCUUUUAAGAAAUUUCUAACUAUACUUUGACUAAUGGAACAGGAUGAAACGCUUCAUGCGUGGAGGUCUAGUAAUUAGUCUAGUAAUAAGAUCUGAUUUAUUUUUGAUUGAAUAAAGUAGAACUCGAGAGGGUUUUCAUUUGUGCACUUUGCCCUUCACCUAAAACAAGAAGCAGUUUCUUUGGGGUAACUGAGCUUGUCUGUCAUAUACCCUGACACCCAUGGCUCUGAUUUUAAAAAGAUGCAAUUAAGAUGUUUCUGUUUUAACUUUUCAGUGCUGCAUUUGAUACAGUUCUUGGAAUAAAUGUUGCUGUAAAGAAAUUGAGUCGCCCUUUUCAGAACCAAACACAUGCAAAACGAGCUUACAGGGAACUUGUGCUUCUAAAAUGUGUCAAUCACAAAAAUGUGAGUAAUGUUAAUUUAUAUUAGAAACAAGUAAAUGUAAAAUAAUAAUUGAAUGAAUGUCAAGAUGAAUCAACUGGAACUAAAGCCAUUAUUCUGUGAUUCAAAUAAUUAAAUAAUUGAGCGAGAGAUCAAUUUUUGCUCUGUCCUGUACCUCCUGUAAUGAAACACUGUAGUUGUUUUAGGACUAUUUCCUAAUUGCAAUGUAGAAGACUAGUUAUUCAUAGUUUGUCAUAUUUCUUUGAAAAGCUAACUAAAUUUGGGUUUUUUCAUGCAGGUCUCUUUGUGGUCUUUUUGUUGUCUGUGGUUGGCUUUAGGUAACAGUUCCUUGGAUAGGAAUGAUCUAUGGCUUACACCACAGAUUGGCAACCAAUAUUUCUAGAAAUGUAUUAAAAAACAGUCCAGUACAGUAUGUUUCUCUUUAUGACCAUUAAAAUGACCCUCGUACCUUCCAAUUUUACGAUUCUAUUAUUAUUAGCAGGCUUAUAAUGUAUAUUUAGUAGCAUCCACACUUCUUAGUAACCGUUAUGUUUUUCUUCAAAAAGCAGUAAAAAAACCCCUUAUCAAUAGGGUAUUGAUCUCUUUCCACUGAAUAUUUGAACAGGCAAUGUGGAAAUGUAUUUUCUAGGCCUUCUAGCAAAAUAAUAUAUCACUGAGAUGCAACUGAGCUACUCCCAUAAUCUAAGAAUUGGCAUACUUCAAAACUCUGGUUAUUAAUUUUUCCAUGGAUUUAUUAUAAAAAAAGCUAUUCAAUCCAUUAAACAAAUAUACUUGAUUUAUCUCAUUUAUGUUGAAAUAUUGACUAUCCCUUAUGGAACUUGACAAAAAAAAUAGCAUUAUGCAAACUGAAUGAGGAUAGUGAGUUAGUUCUAAAAUAUUUGUGAAUCACUAUGUUAAUCUCAUUUUUUCUUGCUACAAAGCUUCAGGUAAAAAGUUAUUAAAUAAUCUGAUCUAUAUGCUGACAUUGCCAUGUACUGUUUGAUUUUUUUUUGCAAAUCAUUGUGAUGGUGAUUAUAAUUCUUUUAUUUUGGUUUUACAGAUAAUUAGUCUAUUAAAUGUAUUCACACCACAGAAGUCACUAGAAGAAUUUCAAGAUGUGUGAGUUUACUUUAUUGUGUUUUCUUGAUAAAUAUCCGUUUUAAGAUUUUAAGGCCAGAUUCUUGAUGUUCUCUGCCUGAAAGCAGUUGGCCUAUAAAUGAUUUUAAAAAUAUAUUGUGCUUUUUGGAGAAAAAUGCUGAAGCCUUCUUGGAAGCAUUGAGACUUAUGAACGAAACAUGACACUCCCCCCAAGUGUUCAUUUCAUCAUUAGGAGAUGGGUUAUUGUUUUGUUUUUGUUUUAUUAUGUGUUCUCAUUUUGUAUUUUUAUGUUGUGAACCGCCCUGUGAUCUUCAGAUAAAGGAAGGUAUCCAAAUUAAAUAAAUAAAAUAAAAAAUAAAUUUUACUGGCCACAUAACUGACAUUGGGGAGAGGGAGUUGCUUUGUUUAUUUUCCUUUGCCGAAAGAGCGGUCAAACCAGUAUCCUGACAAUAUUUUCAAACUGAGAUGUGAACUAGUGUCAGUUGAAGUUUUGCCAAUUAACUUCAGUGGGAGAUUUGUACCCAAAGUAGUAAAGUAAUAGAUUAUUUGAGUCUGGAUUGCUAAGACAACAAAAUUGUACUACGUCCACUGUAAUUUCCAUUUUGCAUUCCCACAACAUGUUAAGCUAUGACUUACUGGGACUGUGCAGACUUGUGGGCUCCUAGACCACCCAUGUCUUUUUUAUGCUCUCACCCAUGUUGAGCUAAGCUAAGGUCUGGCUUAGUUUGUUGUCUGUACCUGAGCUUGUGGUUACGAUCUCACAUUGCUAACCACAAGCUGUAGUCAACGUUUGCUCCUGUAAAAAAAUACUUUUUUAAAUGUUUCAGGUAUUUAGUUAUGGAACUAAUGGAUGCUAACUUGUGCCAAGUAAUUCAUAUGGAGUUGGACCAUGAAAGAAUGUCCUACCUUUUGUACCAGAUGCUGUGUGGUAUCAAACAUCUCCAUUCAGCUGGUAUCAUCCAUAGAGUACGUAGUGCUAUUACAAUUGUAUCAAUAACUGACUUUCAUUAAUUAACCUCAUUAAGAAUAUUCAGCUAUAUUUGAAAGUUUUUUUUUAUUUUUAUAAUGACAUGACAAUUAGGACUUGCCAUGUUCGAUCAGUCCCUUUUAUAUUCUCAUACAAGAGGGAAACAAAUGAUAUCCUGUGGUCGGGAAUUCUGAAGCUUAACCAGAUUUGUCGUUCAGUGCCCAGAACUGUUGGGUUUCCACUUCUCACUUUCUACUUUAGCUCAUUGCCCUUGCUGAAAAGCCUAGGUUGUCAUCCUAUACCCACCUAGCUAGGAGUAAGGCUCAUUAAACACAGAGAAACUCAGCUCUGAGUAGCCAUGUAUACAGUUGUACUAUAAAUUAACUAUACAGUGAAUUCUUAAUGAGUGACUGGACAUCAGCUUCCGCACAGCAGGAGCCUACACCCAUUAGCAAAGCUUCCACACUUGCCUGUUUGGGGGCAAGGAGGGAUUCUUUAAUAUUUACUCAUACAUAUUGUGCAGUAUUAUUUGCAUUAAAACAACUUCUAGGGACUGCUUAAUCUCAGAUGACCCCACCACAGGAAAGAUGCAUCCUGGUUCCUAGUGAAAAAGGAAGGACAAACUAUGGACAUUCCAAAGACUACAAAACAAGACAAAAGCAGGAGAGGGGAAAGCAACAGCUCUUUAUGGCUGACUGAAACACUGACAGACGGGAGUAGCUAGGCUGGCUCAUUUCACAGAAAUCACUUAGAUGGUACCUGCUUAUUUUGUUUCGUAACUUUCUAGGAGUGUGAAAGACUUACUUUUUAUUUUAUUCCGAGGAAACUCAAAAGUUUGGGCCCACUGCUUGCAGAUGACAGUGAAGGCAUUUGCGGAUGCCAGGUUGGCAAUGCCUGUCAUAUGUCUCUCUGUGUGUAAUUGGCACAAAUUGGCACCCUCCCCUCUCCUAUAAAACAGCAGCCAACUGUUGGGUGGGGCAAGAGCUAAGGAUAGAGCUCCCACAAACUUAGUUAUUCCCUCCUUCCAAUAGUAGAUGAAUUUCACUCUGGAGCCUCUUCCAGCCCCAAUGUGUUAACUGGGGGGAGGGGAAAGAAGGUACCAAGACUCCCCAUCCCAGAAACGCUUAAUCAUGCAGAUUCUCCCCCACCCCAAACACGGCACCACCCUAUAUAUUUUUUAACAUUUAAUUGAAUGUAUUUUUUUCUUAGGAUUUAAAACCCAGCAAUAUAGUAGUAAAAUCAGAUUGUACUCUCAAAAUCCUUGACUUUGGACUUGCAAGGACGGCAUGUACUAAUUUCAUGAUGACCCCAUAUGUAGUAACACGAUAUUACAGAGCACCAGAGGUUAUUCUUGGCAUGGGAUACAAAGAGAAUGGUAAGUUGCAGAACAGAAUUACGUCUUGUUGGGUACUUGACCAGUUGUUAGAUUUCUCUGUUUCUUGAAUGUAUUCUUAUUUGAGAACGGUGUGUAAUAGGCUUUCAAGCAUCGUGGGGGUAAUUGCCUGAGGCAGUGCUGCCAAGUUUUCACAGCCUAAAGAACUAGUUUUACCUUCAUAUCUUUUAAAAUCUUCCUAUGCAAAGAGAGAGGCAGCUGGUGAGGUAGUGGAGAAGGCACCGCUCAGCCACCACCAGCACUAAGCAUCCUCUGAGGGAGAGGGUCUCUGAAGCAGGAGGCACUGCUGGCUAGUCAGCCUCCUUCAUCCAACACCACCUCUCAGUAUACAGUAUGUUGAUAAGGCUGUGGAGAUUACCUCAUCUCCUAACUCACUGGCUACAACCUAUUAUCUAGGUUGCCAAUAUGGCAAUAAAAGGCAACGGUGCACGGUACUGAGUUUUUCUCUUGGUAGAGCAGAAAUGUGUAAUGUGUAAGCUCCCUUUUUUAUGUUGCCUCCCAGAUAUUCCAUUAUAAAAAUUAAACUCCAAAGGCUUAUGGAGGUUUUACUAAAAAAUACGCAGUCAGGAAGGAGACUAUGCAUAUGUAAGGACCUCAAUCUAGGAAACGCUAGUUCUGUUUAACACUCUUUCAAACCAGGGACUAGUUGGCUAUUAUUUCAGUUUAAAGAAUACUGUAUAAAAUAGUCUGUGGUGAAUUUUUUGUUUGGGUUAUUCUGAAUAGCUGCCAUGAAUGUUUAGUGUGUACUGAAAAUGUGUUUGUAGAUUUGUAACUUUUGUCCCUAUUACACCUAACAUUUAAUAGUGGAUAUCUGGUCUGUUGGGUGCAUAAUGGCAGAAAUGGUCCUCCAUAAGGUCCUGUUUCCAGGAAGAGAUUGUAUCCUUUAUAAGACUUUCAUGGACCACAAAUGAGAACAGUUGAAAAUAAGACUGAAGCAAUUUUUGAGGAAUUGCCAGACCUGCCAUAAUAUGGUGGCAUUAUAUUUUUAAUGCAAAAUGUUUCUUCAUCAAAAGUUAAAAUUUGCAUUUAGAUUAAAUGUUCUUGUCCAUGUUGUUCAACAACACGUUAGCAGUUUCAUUUUUUUUGCAUUGUUGUGUUUUUAAUGUAAAAAUGUUUUUGUUUUCCACUUUAGUUCACGACACUUCAUAAUUUUGUCAUUUCACUUUUACUUUCAGUUGAUAUCUGGUCAGUUGGUUGCAUCAUGGGAGAAUUGGUGAAAGGUUGUGUGAUAUUCCAAGGCACUGAUCGUAUCCUUCCCUAAUAAUUUUGAAUCUUAAUCCACAUUUACCAAAGAGUUAUUUCACUCACUUAUGGAUGCAAAAUAUGCUAAUCCCCUGCCCUCAUCUUUUUACUGAAUGGAUCUGCCACGCAUGUUCAAAAUUUGUGAUAUUAACCAAGCACUUAAACUUUUAUUCUCUUCUUUGUCCACAUUUAACUUCGGUAUUUGAACAUUAUUCAUUCUUGUUUGGAAUUUCAUUUUUUUGCAGUUUUAAUGGUGCUGCAAAUUUCCUUGAUGUUAUUGGCACUGUUUAAACUGAAAAUUCCACAAAAUUACUGCUCAAAAUUUAUUGUUUUCUCUUUUUUUGCAUUUCUCUGCACAAUGGAAAUAGUCUCACAACAGUGGUUUUGUCUUGUCAGUUCUUAAUCUUAUCCUGUUCUCUUCAAAAGGAUAGUGAAGGCAUGCAGGUUAGAAAAAUAUAAUUCCGAAUGCUUAAUUUCAUGAGAUUUUAAUGGUUGAUCAUGUGUUAACCUAAUAACACAAUUAAAUAGAAGAAGCUUGAAUUUUCAUUUUCUCAAUUUUCUCCCAUAUAUAUUAUUUUAUUCUCUAAAGCCUUAUGACCAACCUAACACAAUUCUUCAUGUAUGCUGUGUCUCUUUUGAGUUGCAUGUUAACACUAGUUUUCAUAUUUGCUGUCUUCAUAUAUCUGUGUUUCAUGCUUAACAAAUUUCUGUGCAGAAAAUGCAUCUUACUUGUUUGAGCUCCACCAAUCUAGUAUCUGUUUCCUCUGAUCAUUACGUUAUAUUAUUGGUUAAAAGUGUUGUUUACUUGAAAGUCAAUCUCAGGUGCAAUCACAGUCUCUUCAGAAAACACAUAAUUUAAUAUAUUUCAACCAAUACUGGUACUUUUCAUGACUGAGCAGAAAACUGAGAAGGGUCUUAGUUUUGACAUCCUAAUGCUUUCUUUCCCUCUUUAUACCCAUAUUGUUUUCCAUCUUUGUGAUUGACAUGGAAGCCAUGUAAAUAACUAUUGUCCCUAUUGAAAUAAGCAUUUGGUUGUUAGUUUAUAAUUUGGGUUUGCAGUCUGGUGACCUAGAAGAAAGUGGGGGAGAACCUUACUACUUGAAUCUUGCUUAAAAAUAAUCAGGCGGUUGUUUUGUCACAGUUGUUACACGCUCUCUCUCUCUCUCUUUAAACACACACACACACACACACACACACACACACACACACAGAGUGUAUUGUCAAACACUUUUCCCCCAGAAGUACGUAUGUGAAAGUUUCUCCUCAGUGCUUUGGGAUAUUAAAAAGACUAUGGUGUUCUCUGUUUGCAAUAUACAGUAUAGAUCUUAGGCACACCAAGCUAUCUGUAGUACCUUAUGCACUUCCUUUUUAAUAAUUAUUAGGACCAUGCAGCUCCAAUUUGGGAUUCUGAAGGAGGGUGAGGAAUGAGAAUGGUUUCUUCCAUUUUAAAUUUCAUUUGCUGCAAUUUAACAACUUGAGGGACCUUAUAGAAGGCCACAUUUAAAGGGACUUCCUCAUUAAUUUCUACUAGCAAGCACUAUCUAAUCAUUAUAUUUGCAUGUGGCCUCUUUGUUCCUAGAUGAGAGGCACAUUUUAAUAAUUUGGAUUGGGAUUAUUGAUACUUCUGGUGUGUGCGGUUGAAGAUUUAUGGUGAUGCCCCAAAAACCUCACUUGAUAUCCGUUUCUGAUUAAGCACUUGUCAGCCAUGUGGAACUUGAUUGUUUUCACCUACGGAGUUAUUCCAAAAAUAUUUAUUUCAUAUAGACUAAAGUUCUGAAUGCACCAGAGAGCAGAAACUGCACAAAAUUGUUGUUUUAAAAUAUUCUGGAAUUCAGUAAUGAAAUACAUGGUUUGUACACAGUUUUCUAAGGCUGCAGUUUUAUUUCCCUGAAAGUACAUCCUAUUUAAUUAAGUAGUAGUAACCUCUGAGUAGACAUGUUUUAGGACUGCAUAGUGAAUUAAGGUUCUUUUUACUCUAGAUUGGUGGAGUUCUUUAGUAAAAUCCAUUUAUCUAUGCAGAUCAAGAAGCUGUCUUUAUUUGUGCAAUUUAGCAUGUGAUGCUUUAACCUUUUAUAGUACUUGGUAUCAAAAUUCCAUCUAAAUGCAUUUGAUCAAGCAAGGAAAAACUGAGCAAUUAGCAUGUUCAUCUGUACAGAACAUACAGAUUCUUUAAAAGGAUACCUUAAUGGCAGCAGUGAUGUGGCUUUUUUAUUUGGAAAACUACGGAAAUAUGCACUGUACUGUAAUAUAUAUCUUCAAGCUAGAAGUAUUUUUUUCUGAUGCUUUAGAGAGCUAGCUAAUUUAGCAUAUUUUGCUUGCAUUUAGUAAACAAGGCUUAACACUUUGAAAUUGCCAAGCUUGUAGUUGCAAUUGACAUCCAUUGAUUGUUACUAAAGAAUUUAUGAAAUUGAAUUUUUUUUUGGCCAGCAUACUAAAUUUAAGCUAUUGUAGUAACUAACAUAGAGAAUCUUAUAAUGGGAUUUUAAAUAUGUUUUUCACUGUGUCUUCAGUUUAAUCGUACAUCUGGAUUUGCCUUUAUGAAGCCCACAGAAGUACGAUAAGACAUGAUAUUGGACAUGUCUUCUCCUCCCAAAAAGAGAAGUAUAGCUAGCCUUAUAUAGCCCCAUAGACUGGUACUGUCAUUCCAGUGCUGUGCUCUCUCAGGUUAAACAGGAAAUAUUGUGGAUAAUGUCCUCUACCAUAUUGGAAGAACUCAUCUAUUCCACUGAAUUCUAGUGAGUUCUUUAAAGAAGGGGCAGGGAAUUGUGAGGGUGAAAUUCUGCCAAACACUUCCAUUCUAUAAAAGUCGGUGGAGAAAAAGUUAUUGAGGAUUAAAAAUACUAUUAAAAGCAUGAUCUUGCCAGUUAAAAUGUACAGCUCCCCAGAAAUAAAUAUUUGUUGGGGAGGAAGCUGCCCCAGUAGGACAUGUUAUUUUAGGGGUUGAAACUUAAUUUUUGGAGAUUUCUUCAGUGAAGGGUCUUUAAAGUAUGUUUUUGGGUGUGAGGAAUUCAAAUCUGCUAUUAUUUUUCUGACUGGACAACAUUUAGCUUGGUAAGUCUAUAUCUGAGGAAGAAGCACAUAAACUGCUUUUGGAAAACCAAAGAAUUAUAAUUUUACCUUCUGAAUAUGUCAGCUAAUGCUAAGCAACAGCAACAUAACUGCAAGUUCUUGGCAAUCGUUUUUAAUGAUUCCAGUGUAAUUCUACACACAUUUUACUUACCAAGCACAGCUAAGUUAUAUUAAUUUAAUUUAACCAAAAUAUCUUUUGAAAUUCCUAAUGAGCACUCCUCAUUUUUGUAAGUUGAAAAAUCCAAAACACCCUGUGGAACUGAGACAUUUUGAUUUGGUUUUGUGCAGGGAAGAGGGGCGUAACUGAAGAAGAUACUACUUUCAAGUUGAUUCUGAAAUUUUGUCUCCAUGUACCUUUUGAAUGCUUAACUUCAGGAUCUACUUGGAGUACAUCCUGUGACUACCUGCCAGGCAGUUAUCCACAUAGGUGACAAGCAGAAGCGUUUCGAAAUUCCACCAGCCCUGAGUAGAAACAUGCCAACAAAGUUUGGAUCUAACUUGUCUCUCAAGCCAUUCCCAACAUGCUUCACAACCUUUUGUGAAGAGCCAGUAUGGGAUUGUGCUUAGAGUGUUGGACUAGGACCUGGGAGGCCAGGGUUCAAAUCCCUGCUCAGCUGUGAAGCUCACUGGGUGACCUUGGGCCAGUUACAGUCUCUCAUCCUAACCUACCUCACAGAGUUGUCAUGGGGAUUAAAUGAAGAGGGAAGAGCCAUGUAUGGCACUUUGAGCUCUUUGGAGAAAAAGGUAGGAUAUAAAUGCAGUAAAUUAAAUACAUAGCUAAUUCUUGUACUAUUCAUGCUUUUUGAGGGGGAAGGGGGAAUACUUUUAUUUUCCUAAAUGAAACUUUUGCAGAUAUUGACCAGUGGAAUAAAGUUAUUGAACAACUAGGUACACCAUCCGCAGAUUUUAUGAAAAAACUGCAGCCUACUGUACGGAACUAUGUAGAAAAUAGGCCAAAAUAUCCAGGUAUCAAAUUUGAAGAGUUGUUCCCAGACUGGAUAUUUCCAUCGGAAUCUGAUCGGGACAAACUAAAAAGUAAGAUUUCAUGUGUGCAUUAUUCUUGUAUUUUCAUUCGUACUAUAAUGUACGGUAAUUGUUUGGGGUGGGGGUGGAUACUUUUUUCUAGUUGAUAAAACAGCACAUUCUUGUUGUCUGUCACUUAGCUAAAUGCAGAUUAUCGAUUUUUUAAUCCACUGUUUACAUUAAGCGUGUCGCUUGUAUUGAGUGAAUUUCAACAUCCUUACUGUCUCUUGUCAAAAUAUCCAAGACUAAAAAAUACCUUAUGGUAUGUCCUUGUUAUGAAUAUGCAUUUUGUACCUUACUUUUAUGCUUCAGCUCUUCAGCUAACGGUCACCCCCUUUCCAUUUUCUAGCCGGUCAAGCUAGAGAUUUACUAUCAAAAAUGCUAGUAGUAGAUCCAGACAAACGAAUUUCGGUAGAUGAAGCUUUGCGUCAUCCAUAUAUCACUGUUUGGUAUGACCCAGCUGAAGCUGAAGCGGUAAGUUUACCUUUAAAGUUUAUUCAAAAGAAAUUUUAUGGUUGAUGUCACUAUGGCAGUGCUACUUACCUUGGUGAAAAUCUGAGGGCAUAUUUAGAUUUCUCCUUACACUAGAAAAAGUGUUAUAUAUGCUAUGUAUGUUAUAUGCCACAGUAAUUGCAGUGCAGUUCCAUAAUCCCACCAAGUCCCAUUUCCCAAUCUUUAAGCCAUCCUGUAUUUUGCAGCUCUGUGGGAAGACAGAAGUCAGUAUGAGAGAGUGAAGAAUUUGCAUUUAUUUGAUUCUUAAGAACUGGAUAAAAGAAGAAGGGUAGAGGAGGCAGGGGGGAGAAUAAACUUGUAAUUCAAAAGGUUGCAGAGGCUGCCAACAUCCAGUCUCCUUUAGACCUUUUUUUCCCUUCUGGGGUGAGUAUGAGAGCUACCCAUAAAAAAGGAAAACCUGCAUUUUAGGAUAACUGUGACUGGGCAUCAGCAUGUCUAGCAAAGAAAGAAAAUAAAGGUACCAGGAAAUACGGAAGUCCCUGCAUCCUAUAACUAGGUGGGUAUUUUGGAUAUGAAAAACCAUAUGGUAUAUUUGAAGUGGGGGUGGGGUUUAAUAUUUAGAACUGCAGAAUGUUUUCAUGUAAAGUUAGUAGAGUACAAGGAUUCUACAUGCAGCUAAGCACUGGGCUUGAAAUGGGAGGAUGUUCAGGAAAAAUGAUUCCAAAUAAGACCUGAGUUGGAGCAUGAGCUUCUGUCUUUGCGUAUAGAUUGGCAUACUGCUGCUAAUCUCAUACAGUGGUGCCUCGCAAGACGAAAUUAAUCCGUUCCGCGAGAGUCUUCGUCUAGCGGUUUUUUCGUCUUGCGAAGCAAGCCCAUUGACGGAUUAGCGCUAUUAGCGCUAUUAGCGGUUUAGCGGCUAUUAAAGGCUUAAAGGCUUAGGGGAUUAGCUGCUAAAAGGCUAUUAAAGGCUAUUAAAGGCUUAGCAGAUUAGAUAAAGGGGGGGGAAAGCGAAAAAAAAUCUCAAGACUCGCAAGGUAUUUUCGUCUUGCGAAGCAAGCCCAUAGGGGAAUUCGUCCUGCGAAGCAACUUCAAAACGGAAAACCCUUUCGUCUAGCGGUUUUUCCGUCUUGCGAGGCAUUCGUCUUGCGGGGCACCACUGUAUAUGCUAAAAUUGUGGGCUUCUCUGUUGUUUCCUAUGGACAGCUCCAAAUUUUACCUAGGGGAGGAAAAUGGUUUAAAGGAAUUUAGAAGUUCUGUGAUAGUAGUGUCCAUGGGAGGGAGAGAACCAGCUCCGUGACUAAAAAUUCAGCAGCCUAUUAAGAUCAUAUUAGGGAUGAGGUAGGGCCACUGAAAUAUUGCUGAGACUAAAUAAGCCUGUUAACUCAUGCUAGGUAGCUAUAAUGCCUUUUCAUUAAAUGAAAUAAAAAGCACAGACCUCCUUUGUGGGGGUUUUUACUGGAAAAUUUGACUAAAUUGAGUAAAAGUUUAAAAAUUGCUUAUUCUGUUGAAAACUUGAUCAUACUCCUGUGCAAAUUUUAUUGCUAGAUCAAUUGAUUUGUCAACUACGUACAAUGAUUGGUUGACUAAAACUCCUUUAUUUGGCUGCUACGCUAUUAAUUGUAGCAUGUACUAAUCCUUGUAUUCAAAAAAGCAAAUCAUGUGAUCACAGUAGAAACUAGCUUUGAUGAAAAGUUUAUAAAGAGCCUUUUAAACAGAAACAUUCUCUUAUGCAGCUUAUGUUUGUUUCAAUGGAAAUAACACAUGAGAACUUCCCAGCUCAAUAAACAAUCGUUUCUUUUUUACACUUGUAUUUCAUCUUGGGAAUUAAUCUAAGUUUUGUUGAAUUCAAAGACUUUUAUUUUUAACCUUUUUUUGUAGCCUCCUCCUCAAAUCUACGAUGCACAGUUGGAAGAAAGAGAACAUGCCAUUGAAGAAUGGAAAGGUAACCAUGAUUUAUUAUAUGCUAUGAUGCUUGAGAACCUUUUGUCAUAGAUGCUUUAUAAACAAAAAUUAAACAUAAAUAUGCUCUUACAGUGAAAUAUGACUGGGUGGUUAUUUGAGACAGAGGGGUUUGCCUGAGAGUGUUGUGUCAGAACAUAGUAUUUGUUUCAAGAUUUUAAAAAGUACUCUUGUAAUUUUUCUUCUCUUUCUCUCCUCCUUCCUCUGUCAUUUCUUUUAAAUGUAGAACUAAUAUAUAAAGAAGUAAUGGAUUGGGAAGAAAGGAAUAAGAAUGGUUUGGUAAAAGAACAACCUUCAGGUUAGUCAUUGAUGUAAUAGUCUGUUUUUGUCUUCACGAGCUCUUUGUGCUGUGUUAUAAAUCUGUUGUCAUUAACAACGGAAGUUUCCAAGUAAGUUAUGUUGUUCAAAUUCUUGUUCCAGUGCAGCCUGUUUCAGAAUGUGCACAAACACCUAGUAAUAAAAUAAUUGAGCUACAUGGAAUUAUAAUAUUAAUUUCUAGCUUAGGGGGGAAAGAUGAUAGAAGAAGUUGAGAGCUGUGGAUGGGAUGCCUUAUUUUCCUGAAGCACAGGUAAGGAGCCUCUGACUCUCCAGGUGACGAUGGACUACAUCACACACCAUCCCUCACCACUGAGGAAUAAAAGUUGUGUUCUCUGUGGCUUUAAGGUUUCAGGAGAGAAUAGGAAGUCUUCCCUCGUUGCUCUGAGUGACAUUUGUGUCACUCGUACUGUCUCUUCUCCCAGCAGCAGGCAGAUCCAUCACGAUGAGAAACAAAAAUGGUGUGAUCACAUUCCAUAGAACUGUAGGGGAGCAAGGUCAUUGGUUUUUGAAAGGAAAUUUAUGGGGAACAACAUCCCUCUCCUUUUUAUUUUAAAGUUGUCUGGCAGUCCUGUAACAAUGAUGAAUGGAAGCACUGUCUGGCUUGGCUUGCGGUCCCAUGGAAUGUAAUGGGGAAUACUGUAGGGGCUCAUGCCUACUUGACCCUGAAAAUUUAAAUUUCACAAACAUGUUUUCUUCAUAUCAAUGGUGAAUGCAGGCAAGACAGCAACCUGGCAGUCUCUUUGGGCAUUUGCCUGGCAUUAUGCUAGAGACAGUGAUGCCAUUAAAAUAGGGUGAUGUUGGUGGAGAUGCGCUGAUGAAUAUUUUUAGCUGACACAAUUCUACAUCCUUCUCCAGGUAAGAACUUCUCACUGUUGUCAUAUAGGGGACUUCACAGAGGCCACAAAAAAGGAAACAGAAUUCCUCUUUCCUGUAACUGCUGUUCUAGGAGACAGUACAGUCACAUAGCCUUUCCCUGCUCUAGAGACUACAAAUAUGAAAUGAAUGAGUGAGGUGCUGUCCCCACUUCUUGACUGACAUUUUUGGUAGCAAAAAGCUUGUCCACGGAACAGGAAAGUGUAACUAAAGUACCAGAACUCUGCAAGAUUCUGUGUGCAGGUUGGCUCAUGCACAAAUCCAAUGGCCUAAUUCACAUGUAAUCCUUUAUUUACUUAUUUAUUUAAUAAAAUCUAUGCAUCUCUUGAUUGUAAAUUAAUGUCAGAUAUUGCACAUGUUUGCACACAAUGCCAGGCCUACUCAGGUGUGAGUAGCAGCAAUAUUGAUUUCAUUUCAAUAGCAACCAAACUUGGCAAAAGCAAAGCCACACUUGACAGAAAUCCGCUUCCCAACUAUGUGGGAGCAGAAGGAUGGCAGGGAGUAUGUAAGCCCAGCUUCCUCUUGCUCAUGGAAGCUAGUUCACCAUGGCCUGGCAUUACGAGCAAUAUUUGAGAUUAAUUUUCUGUGCAAAAUUACAGGUAAGUACAGCACUAUGGUUCUGUUGUGAAAAUUAAGUGCACACAGCGUUGCUUCUAACAUUGGCCCAACCUCACAAAAACAGAGUAGGAAGCAAGCAUGAACUGCCCAUCACUGAUAAGUCAAAGCAAGGUUUGGUAGUUAUUCGGCAGACUACAGCAGUUUGCUUUCAUCAAGUGAAAAUGAAAUGUCUACAUUUGGUAGGUAGAAAGCAAAUGUUCAUAUUUGAGAAAUGAUCACAUAGGUUCUUCAUUUACCCUUUUGCUCAGUGCAUUUGAUAGAGGCAUUGAUUCAAUGUAGAGAUUAAUUUGGGGGCCAACACAUUUGUAUUUAGAUUAUUUAUUUCUAAUUGUUUCUAAUUUACAGUUUUUGGAUUAUUAUUUUUAGAAAUUGAUUUUUAUUUUUUUAUUUUCUUUUCUUUAUAUAUAUAUUUAUUCAAAGUUAUAACAAAACAUAUUUUCCAAAAACAUAUCCUCAUUCCCCCCCCCCGUUUUUCCUCCCCCCUCCCCCCCACCCAAAACCCAUCCUCCCACCCCACCCCCCGACUUCCCUCAGUUCCAGUCUUUGGUUUCUCCAAUAACGCUAUUUUCUGCAUGUUACAGAAUUGUGUAGAUCUUCAAACUGUUUAGCUAAUUAUUAUCAGUAAAAAAAAUUGUGAAUGUUUAUUCAAAACCUGCCAAGGAGUCCAGUUCACUUUGUUGCGUCUUCAAAUACUUUGUAAAAGGUUCCCAUUCAUCCUUAAAGUCACAGUUAUCCUUGUCCCGUAACCUAUAUGUCAGUUUUGCCAGUUCUGCAUAGUCCAUCAAUUUUUCUUGCCAUGAUUCUUUAGUUGGGGUUUCUUCAGUCUUCCAUCCUUGUGCUACCAGAACUCUCGCGGCCAUUGUCGCAUACAUGAAGAUGUUUUUCAACUUUUUUGGCAGGUCUUUCCCUACAAUCCCCAACAAAAAAGCCUCAGGUUUUUUAACAAAUGUUAAAUGGAACAUUUUCUUCAAUUCAUUGUAAAUCAUUUCCCAAAAUUUUUUAAUUACUUUACAAUCCCACCACAUAUGAUAAAAUAUUCCCUCCUUUUCCGUACACUUCCAACAUAUAUUUGAACUAGUUUUGUAUAUUUCCCCUAACUGCACUGGUGUUGUGUACCAUCUGUACAUCAUCUUCAUGUAAUUCUCCUUCAAUAGGGAGCAAUCUGUAAAUUUUAAGUCAGUUUUCCAUAAUUUAACCCAAUCUUCCAUCAUAAUGUUGUGACCUACAUCUUGUGCCCAUUUAAUCAUAGCUGAUUUUACCUCUUCAUCUUUUGUCUCCCAUUCUAAUAAUAUGCUAUAUGCGGCCUUCAGUAGUUUCACUUUCCCUUCAAUCACUUCCGUUUGAAGCCUAGAUCUAGUAUAACUAAAUCCUUUCUUACUGUCUUCUUUAUAUGUUUCAUGUAGUUGUCGAUAAUGCAACCAACUCUGAAAGUGGUCUUUGAUCUCAUCAUAAUCUCUUAAUUUCCAUUUUCCCUCAUGUUCCUUUAAUAAAUCAACAUAUGUGAGCCAUUUUCCUUUCUUUCCAAGUGGUUUGAGCAAUAAUGCUUCAUGUGGUGAAAGCACCACGGAGUCUUUUGUUCCAAUAAGUCUUUAUAUCUCUCCCAUACUCUCAUUAAUGAUUUCCUAAUUAUGUGGUUGUAAAAGCUUCUAUGAAUCUUCCCUUUCCCAUACCAUAAGUAUGCGUGCCAGCCAAAUCUGUUGUCAUGUCCUUCUAGUUCUAAUGCCUCUUGCUUGUCCAAUCUCAUCCAGUCCCUGAUCCAUACCAAACAAGCAGAUUCGUAAUACAAUUUAAGGUCUGGGAGGGCAAACCCGCCUCUAUCUUUUACAUCUGUAAGUAUUUUAUGUUUUAUCCUUGGCCUUUUGCCCCCCCAGAUAAAUCUGAAAAUCUCUUUCUGCCAUUUUUUAAAGCAUUCAUCUUUCAUGAUGACUGGUAUAGAUUGAAAAAGAAAUAACAUUUUUGGCAACACAUUCGUUUUAAUUGCUGAUAUUUUUCCUAAUAUUGAGAGAUUCAUUCUGCUCCAUAUUUCUAAAUUUCUUUUUACCUCAAGCCAGAUUUUUUCAUAGUUUUUUAAAAUAGGUUUAUAUUUCUUGAUGUUAACCAAAUCCCUAAAUAUUUAACCUUUUUAUGGACUUCAAUCUCAAUGUUUUGUUCUAAUUCGGUUCUUUCUUCUUCCUUCAUGUUUUUAACUAAUAAUUUAGUUUUAUUCCUAUUUAGAAAUUGAUUUUUAUUACCCUGACCAGAUGGUUAUGAAUCCUCUGGAGCAGUAUAGUGGCCUAGAAUUGCAAACCAUGUCCCCCUUUUCCUAGCAGGAACCUCCAGUGGAUCUGCCUCUUUUACAAAUGGAAGGGGCUCUUCCAUUUAUAGAGAGGCACACUAGAUCCAAUCUAUUGUGGAGUAAUGGGUGAUAUUUUUUAGAAAACAAAGAUUUCAAACAUAUCCAAAGGAAGAAACUGAAAUUUCAUUUUCGUAAGUGUGUACACUCUGUCAUUCCCAACAUACUGGCUACAUGUUUUCAUUUGUUCAAAAGUACAGGGCUUUUGCUUCCUAUAAAAUAUUUGAUGCCCUUGAGUGGACAGCUUGCAGUAUUGCAUAUAUAUACACUCAUUUAAGAAAUACCACGGUAAGCGAUUUGUGUUUGGAGAAAGAAUACUAUAAAUCCUAAAAUAUCAUCAAUUUGUUUGAUUUGAUACAAUAUUUGUAUUCCGCUUUUCUGACAACAAGUGUUGAGUUCAAAGCAGCUCACAAUAAUCCCAAGAGGAUUGCGGGGGGGGGGGGGGGAGACCAUUGUAAACACUAUAAUAUCAAACACAGAAGCACAUAAAUAACACAAACCACAAUAAAUUCACCAGAACAAUGAAUACAAUUCCGUAAAAUCUAUGGUUCCAGCCAUGUCUUGCCUCAGAUUUUCUUAUGCUUGGUUUACUUAGCACAGAUGCAGCAGUGAAUAGCAACACCAGCCCUUCCCAGUCAUCAUCUAUCAAUGACAUUUCAUCCAUGUCGACAGAACAAACAUUGGCUUCAGACACAGACAGCAGCCUUGAUGCUUUGACAGGAACACUUGAAGGAUGCCGGUGAUCAGCUUUGCAGAUUUAACAUUGGCAAAGAACUUUUGCUUCUGUUGGGCCUGAAAUGCUUGUAAGUUUAUGGAACCAAGUCAAGAAACUCCAUGUUCUGCAUGUUUUUUUUUCCUAAAGUAAUGCCUGUGAUUUUACUCAGUUGAAAUAAGACUAUCUGCUUAAUAGUGUAAAAUGAAAGCAACUUCAUAUUUCGGGUCGAAACAAAUAUUACUAUACCUAUUCUGAUUUAACCUACAUCAGGUGAGCAGUUAGAGUAACUCGAAGCUCUAAUGAGUUCAUGGGCAUUCUGUCAGACAUCUGAAACGUAAUCAAUAUAAAUUUCAAAGAGAAAGAAGAAGAAAGCCAUUGUAAGUGGCGUUGAAUGUAUAUCUUUACAAUUACAUACAUUUGCUAUAUUAGUGUAUCUUGCUGGUAUUUUCAGUACUGUAAAAUAUAGAGGCAGUUGUUUACCUACAUAGCAUUCUUUUCUCGGGGCCUUUACCUCUCCACCUCCUAAUUUCUGUACUUUUCUAUAGAAGAAGCAAACUUGUGAAUUCUUGCUUCAUCUUUACAUCUGAAUGUAACUCUGCUUCUCUGAAUGUGCUCUUUCAGUGCUUUCAUUUCAAGGGGUAAGGUGGAAUAAGCAAAACGUGCCAUGUGGGAAUUUUUCUUAAUUCUUGCAUGCAUUUAUGCAUUAGUGUGUCUUUUGAAAAUAAGAUUUUUGGGGUCUUUAAAGCAGUUUAUAAAACACUCUUAGAAACCUUGACCCUUUUUUCAUACUCUGGCAUUUCCAUGGAAAACUUGAUUAACAAAUGGGGGCAUUCAAAGGGGUUGGAGGCCUACCUUGAUCCUUUGAAUAGACAUUAAAAUAUCUGCUUUUAUGGUCUGUAUAUUAAAAGGGAUCUUUACUCCCUAUGUAUAAAUAACUACAUCUACAUCCAGAAUGAAUAGAAACUUCUAAAAGAAAGUGAAAGGGGCUAUUUUAAACACUGAACCGUAUGAAAAGGACUACAUUUAUUAUACAUAAUUGUGUGUCCCCCGCCCUCUUUCUCUGGCAUAUUCCAAAGGCAAACACCAGUCUGACAUGAUUCAGUUUCUUUCUAGCUCUAAAAAAUUGUAAUUCGUCACACCUUGAGCUUGAGUUAAAACUAUUCACCUAGGGUUUAAAAUAAAAAUGUUUAUGUGAAUGUGUAGGUGGGUUGCCAGACUAACACUUUGUAUUAGAUAUGGUGGGAGGAACAAAGUUAUGAGACAAUCCCAGGUGGUGCAACAGGCUUACUGGCAAGCUCUAAACAAUGCAGAUUUCUGGCUUGGUGAUGGACAUCUGUUUGUUCCACUGAAAACCAAAGUCAGACUAUAUAUGCCAUCGUUCUGCUCUGGCACCAGCACUUUACUAACAUCAAAAUCUGAUGCAAGAUUACUUGGAAGUAUGUCCUAAGGAAUUCAGUGAGGUCUACUCCUAGGUGAGUGAGUAUAGGAUUGCAGCCUAAGUAGAUGUUUGUAGGAUAAGCACUCUCAGGCAAUGGUCCACAAAUACAUUUUAGAGUAGCUCUAUCAUGUUGCUGCAUUUGCUGCUACAGACUUCUCUUUGAAUUUGCUCUUAGGGUUUUCCAGAUGUGCAUGUAAAUUUAUUGCUAUCUUUUCACUUGAGACUUCUGGCUGAACAUGAGAACUGCCUCCCUUAAAUAUUGUGCUUGAGAUGCGAGAUGGUAUGAAAUAUGUUUGUGGUAGCUAUUUAUUAUGUGCACCUGCCAGCAGCUGAUGAAUUGCUAAGUGAUACAUUUGCGUAUGAGUUGAUUCUUGGAUGAAUGGAUUGCCCCGAUCCAGAGUGCUUAUUCAGGUAUGUCAUUCAUUUCAGUAGAACUUAAUUUCAGGUGUGUUAUUAAAAAUAAAACUUACAGCUUUAAAGAGCCCCUGUAAAACUGUUGGCCAGGAUCCUAAGAACCACAUGCACAUUAUGCGCCCCCCCCCCCGCAAUGCAUUGGUCGUCAGGGUACCUGACUUUCAGGAGUGAUUUUUCUAAGGUUCAGUCCCAGUGCACAAUUAAAACUAGGUGUGUAAACCUUUGGAACCUGGACAUAAUUUAUAAUCUAAUACAGGCAUCUCCCCCACUUACAUGAGUUCUACUCACGUGCGACUGCUUGAAUGCAUAGCGCUGGUAAAUAAAUAAAUGAAUAAAUAAAUAAAUAAAUAGAAUCAUACCAGGAAAUGGUGGAAGAAAGCUGUAAAGUCCUUGUGACACACGAGGAGAUCCUCUCCGGAUUCCGAAGACGAUGUCACUGAGGGUGGAAGAAGCCCCGAAGAGACCUGAUGUGCAGCAGGGUUUUGUUAGGCUGCUCAGCCUCCCCAUCUAACAGCUGGUAGCACAGCCACAGCUACUUCCCUGUGUGGCCUUCAGCCUUCAACCAGCCCCAGAGCUUUAACUCUAGUUGAAGAGAGAGUCGUGUGGAGAGUGGGAGAGAGAGCUAGAGAGCAGGGGGAAAUAGGCAUUUAGAGUCUUUUCAGAGGGUGCUUCCCACUUUAUGUGAUUUCACUUAUGCACGUGGGUGCCCAGAAUAAGCCCUGUGUAAGUGGGGGGAUGCCUGUACUUGUAUAGCAGGAUCCAUAUGGAUGGUACUUGGGACAGGUUGGUGUCCCAAAUUAACACUCAGCAGUGGGGAAAACAGCAGAGGAACAUGAGGGAAGAAAGAGACGAUUAGCAGGGAACAAGUGAAGGAAUAAGUUCUAGACUAAGAGUUCAAGUUGUUUGACAUCUUGGCCGCCCAAUCUUGAUUCAUAAUGUUGUCUGACAUUCUACUGGCUGUGAAUGUUGAAAUGACUUCCUACUAAAUCUCUAUACCUAAAGAUGUAAAGUACACAAAGAAUCCUCCACAGACAAGAAAGAAAAUUACUCCUUUUUAAAAAGUAUCAAUGCAUAACUAUGGCAUUAUUUUUCAUUCUAUAGUACAUCUGCAGGGUGAGAGAUGUAGCCUUCCUCCCAUUGGGUUUGAUACAACUCAGUGUAUUUAACAAAAAGUUGAAUAAGGAGGUGUUGCAGAGCAACUCUGACUUGCUUAAAAUAGCAUUUUUAUUAAGCUAUUCUUUGAAGAGAGUCUAAAUUAUCGAUUAUACUUACAAAUAGAAAAAUAGAAAUCUAUGUUUUAACUAAGAGUGUAUGCUUCAAUGUGUGCUUAAUAAAAAAGAGGUUUCCCAUUCAUAUGCAGAUUUAUCCCAGUAUAACUUAAUUAAGUGAUGACAAACUAGUCCUAAAAAUUAACGUCACUGUAAAUAGUGUUAAUGUAUGUUAGUUUUAUAGGAUUUAAAUCUUUCAAAAUGUACAUUGUACUUCCAGAACCACUAUGAAAAUAUUUUCAUAAAUGUUUGUAAAUGUGGGGCGUUCAAGGAUUAUGUCUGUAUGCUUUGUAUAAAAUAUCUAGUAACUGGAGCAUUCUUUUCUGAAUGUGCUGUACUGCAACAGAGACUGGGCUCUGUUUCAUGCUUCAGCGUUACCUUAGGAGUAUCACACGAAGUUUUCCCAGGUGGGGAAGGGGUGGGUGGGGCAGAAAUACGCAAGGAGUUCUGUGAAGGCUGUGACACUGGAGCUAUUAGAGCAACCAGAGGCUUGUGCUUCAACAGUGUGAGGAGCAACUAGUUCAGAUCACAGGAAUUCAGUUGUCCUGAUUUGGUUGGGACAGCUUGUUUUCUGGAGUCUGCCCUGUCAAAAUGUCUAGCCAUCAACAUUGCUGUUUUUAAAGAAGCCGUCCUGGGUUGAGCUGCUCUUGAAUGCUAAGUGUCUGGAGGAGGGAGACGGCCGUUGUUCAGUGGUGACAGAAAGGCAUUCUGCACAUGCUAAGAAAUACUUUUAAUAUCAUAUUCUAAGACUCAUCUCUAAUAUUGAAAAAAGGAAACAUGGGUUGAGCUCUGGUGACUCUUUGCAUCAGUUUGGUAACAAGGGAGAGCUUGCCUAUAACGAGAAAUGGAAAGGAGGGGACACACACAGUUGUGGGGAAAAACAUUUGUGAAGAACUUGUUGCUGAAAGGAAAGUGAAGAGAACAAUUACUGGAUUGAAGUGUGGAGGAGAAUGGAAUGUUCUGGUUAUAGCUUACUGGCAGCAAAAGUGAAGUUUGUGCUUAAUUUUUAUAUAGUGUUGGGUGAGAUACGUCAUGUUCAUGAUAAAGCAGCCUUGCAUCACUGUCUAAACACAUACUCUUAAGUUUGGGAAUAAAAAAGAUGGCCACUUUUAAAAGCUCUUGUAACACUUUUCUUCAAUAUAAUGUUUUAUAGGGCUUAGUUCUCUCAAGGGGGCAAACCUGGGCUGUACCACUUCAGACCAGAGCUGGCAGCUUACAUGACUGGGUGGUCCUUCAUAAUUUAUAAUAAGCCUUCACAUAGAAUGUCAAAGAAAUAUAGUUAACACGCGCACACACGUCUCUGCUCAGGUAAUAUUUUCACCAACUUAGAAGUACUGUCACUUUGUCACCUAGCAUCUCCACUUUUUCCUGUUCUUAUUUUAAAAUACGCUAAUUGUAAUAUUUCAUUCUCUUGUAAACUGCCUAUGUCAAAGGGACGAGACGCGGUAAAUCAGUGGUGGAGAACCCCACCCCCAGGUCCCAGAUGCAGCCCCUCCUGCCUCACUGCCUGCCCCGUGCAAUUCUUCCUGGGUCAGGCCCCAUCCCAGGCCAUGCCUCUCGUUGGCCCUGCUCAGUCCUGCCUUGAGCGCUUUUGCUUGGCUAGAAUGUUUCCUUGAACUGUGACAGUGCCUCUUGCUUGCCUGGAUGGAGCAAUGUGUGGGUGCAAAAGCCUCUGACUUUUGCAGGGUCGGAAUGUAACUUACUGUACAAAGAUCAGAAUUGCUCCUAUUGUGCCACCCACUUUUGCCCAUCCACCACUGUCUUAUAGCCUCUGGAAGGUUAUGCAUGAAGGAAUGCACCCCUGCAGUAAAUGAGUGAGAUACAUAUUUGCAAACUGUUUUCUUCUAGUACAGGUAAUGUUAUUCCAGUAAAUCAAGUGAUAAGGUUAUUUUUUUUUACCAGUUUCAUUACCGAAAGGUAGAGCUAACAUAAGUAUGGGGCAGACAGUGGGAAAACAUGACCCAGUGGGCCACUUCCAUAACUUUACUAGUUAGUGCUGUGGGUUAAACCACAGAGCCUAGGGCUUGCUGAUCGGAAGCUCGGCGGUUCGAAUCCCCGCGACGGGGUGAGCUCCCGUUGCUCGGUCCCUGCUCCUGCCAAUCUAGCAGUUCGAAAGCACAUCAAAGUGCAAGUAGAUAAAUAGGUACCACUCCGGCGGGAAGGUAAUGGCAUUUCUGUGUGCUGCUUUGGUUCGCCAGAAGCGGCUUAGUCAUGCUGGCCACAUGACCCGGAGCUGUACGCCGGCUCCCUCAGCCAGUAAAGUGAGAUGAGUGCCGCAACGCCAGAGUUGUCCGCGAUUGGACCUAACGGUCAGGGGUCCUUUUGCCUUUACCUUUACCUUUAUCAUUAUCUUGUAUCUACAGCAGCUUCAAAAUAGAUAAUUCUAGCACUUACUCAAUUAAGAAUCCAGAAUCUAUAUCUAUUAAUUAUGUAUUAGGACUAAACCUGAAACCUAAAUUUGCACAUUGGUCUUGUUGCCACAAAAGAAUGUAAGUAUUAUAUAACAUGGAUUCAAACUUAUCCAUGCUAUUUUUAAAGUUCUAGCAGUGGAGGCUAAUUCAGUUAGGUCAUUUCUUCCUACAAUUUAGAUCAAGUUUAUGCCUUUAAAUAUUUUCUGUCUUCUGUAGUUUGGUGUGUUUGAGCCACUUAAAUGUUCACCUUUUUAAAAGCUCUUUAUGUGUAUAUGUAAUCAAUUAUGGCUGUCUUUCAAUAACAAAACCCCAUCAUGAGACUACUAUAGCAUGCUCUGGCAAUACUGUGAAAUAUUUAAACCGCCAUUCUUUGUCAAUAGUUCUACUUAACUGCUCACCUGAAAGGGAGAAUGAAGAAAAUUGGCUAUUAAAUGUUGAGAUUUUAUAUUCUACAUAUUUCUUUAAACACAAUACUGAGUAGCUGAAUGGCAUUGCAGAGAUGGAGUAGAUGUAAAAACUGUUUUUGCAUGUACCCUUGUCAUUUGUUCAGAACAUUACGGAAAUUAGAAGCAACCCAUUCUCAGUCUGAAUUGUUUGUAGAAAGUGUUUUGAAGAAAUGAUUUUGUGUGAACAUGCAUAUUUAUGAUUAAUUAUAUAAAGAGAGGCACGUAUCUGCACAGAUCAUACCAAAUAGAUAACAGCUGCUUUGGUACGUUUGGGGAAGUGGCAAAAAAGGAAAUUAACAGAGGGUUCUGCCUACCUUAAAUGUCCAUAAUAUUACAAUGUAAGUAUGAAAAGAGAGUCAAGUCACUAGUGCUUUUUGCUGAUUCCUGUAAUGUGUGGAAGAGUGCUUCCUGCGUGCUUAGGUUUAUACACAGCCUCUGAAAUAGUGUCAUUUUCUAUUCAGUAAAACUAAAUUUAUCAAAUAGUUCAGGCUGGUUAAAUCUAAUAACAAGGGUUUAUUUAUGUACCCGAAUGUUUACUUUUGGGCUAACCUAGGCAUCUGCAUGUGUUCUAUUUGGUGUUGGGUUUAAAAACAACACAGCUGUACCCUCACGGAUCCAUCCUUUCAAGUCCUGUGUUUCAGCAUGAGCUGCUUAAUUUUAAACUCAUUUUUUUACUGUUACAGGUUUACAUGAUUUUCUGUGGAAUGUAUGAACUUCCGAGUAGAUAUGGGGAGCCCACGGCUCUCCAUAUGUUGUUGGAUUGCAGGUCCCAUCAUCCCUGCCCCUUGGCCAUACCAUCUGGGGUGGCGGGAGUCCAACAACAUCUGAGGGCCACCAGUUCCUCAUUCUUUGCUUUUGAAGGAGGGUCUAGGAUCCAGAUUUCUAAGUUAGGUGAGCCCAGUAGACCUUUUUACUCUUAUUUUCCUUUGAACACCACACCAUGGGCCAUAUCACAAACUGGUUUUGAAACUCUCUUCAGUUUCAAGAGAGACUUGCCAUGUGCUGUGGGAGGGGGCUGCUCUGAAGCUCCUUGGGGCAUGUGGAACUAGGUGUAUGGUUCUUUGAAUUUAGGCUCAAGGUAAUUAAGAUGUAGGAAGAAUGGAUCUGUAGUUUUAGGCUACAGCUUAACACCCCAGGAGUUAAGCGGGAAGAUAAGUAUGCAGUUUGCAAAUUUUGUGCUAGGUUGCACUAAAAGCUGCAGUAUCUAAAUUGAGAUUGGUUUUUCGAAACAGAAUUGGUGGUCAUAAUAAUGUGCAAGAUGCAUGCUGGAUAGCAUUCCUUCUAAAUAUCUGGAAUUUAUUCCUCAAGUGCAGAGGCAUCCUUCUUGACCAUGCCUCAGAAAAUACUGGUCCAGUCUUGGCAGCAAUACAGUCAUACCUCGGGUUGUGAACGCUGCGGGUUGUGCAUUUUCGGGUUAUGGACCGCACCAAACCUAGAAGUACCGGAAUGGGUUACUUCCGGGUUUCGGCACUCGCGCAUGCGCAGAUACACUAAAUUGUGCUUUGCACAUGCGCAGAAGUGCCGAAUCGCAUCAUGCACGUGCACAGACGCGGCGCUGCAGGUUGCGAAUGCUGCGGGUUGCGAACAUGCCUCCUGCACAGAUCACGUUCACAACCCAAGGUUCCACUGUACAGUUUAUGUAGGGAACUGGAUUGUAAAACUGAGGUGCCGAACUGCAAGCUUAAGAAAGGCUGAUCAACAUUUUGUAAAUUCAGUAUGAACGUUGUCUGUAAAAUUCUGCACACAGAUGAAGUCAGUGUAUGUAGUAUGGAAUUGAUCAGGGCUUGAUGCUACAUUUAGUGAUACUGUUGGAGCUAAAUGUUUUCCUGGACAUGUGUGUACUUGGAUAACAUACUUGAAGUUAAUGUGAUGUGCACAUCUGCUUCCAGAGACAGAACUUGGAGUCAGGUUAAAUUCCCUCAGCUGACUUGCCUGAUCUUUAAUUUCAUAACUUCACCAUCAAUGUUGCUGAGAUCACUUUUUAUAUGUUGCGGUAUGAAAAACAGUGAACCAAAAUUAUAAGAUAAUUUGUUUAGAUUCUACUUUUAAUACCUUUAUGUAUUAUUAUUUUUUAAAUUUUAUGCUUGGUAUGCAUGUUGAGAAUCUCUUGUGCUAAAGAAUUACAAGCUAUCUUCUCAUAUGAACAAAGCAAAAGGAAAACACAUGUUCUCAUUUUUAAACUAUAAAACAAUUGUAUUUUAUUUUUAUAAUUGUAAUUCUGAUUGUGGAUUUCACUGCCAUUAACUCAUUGUGCAUAUUGUAGAUAAGUCUGGGUCCUAUAUUUCAAUACGUAUAUGAAUUUGUAAAAAUAAAGUAGAAAUAUACUACUUGGAAGUAGUAAAUUAAUUGGUUCCUUAAUUCAUUUGAUUCUAAUGGUUCCAAAAUUGAAAAGAAAAUGUACUUAAGGUUCAAAUUGUGUAUUUAAGAUUUUAAUUUUUACUUUGUCAUGCUGCUGCUUAAUUUUUCUGAAAGAGUGCCUGCAUUUUUGCACAGCAAUCUGUUUUGUUAAUUGUUUUUUUUAAAGCACUUUAGGGCUCUUCUAAACACAACCAUGCCUCCUCUCUCAUCACACAAUCUUUACUUAUUAAAAGUGUUUGGAGUUGAUGCAGUCCAGCACGAACGCAGUAGCUGCUUACGUAGGGAUCUCCAUAAUGCAUAUGAGGGAAAUUUUCCUCCUCUCCCCUCUGGUGCUCAUCUAUGGGUGCAUAUAUAGGCCCUGCACUAGCGUGUAAUGGGAGAUUAGUGCUUUAACAUUCAUCCCUUAUGAUCAUCUAAUGUAUUCCCUCUGGUCAGUCAAAAAAUGAAAGCUUGGAGCCAGAUACUUCUGCCCAAGUAAAGCAGGAGGGCUAGAUGGGAUGUGGAAGGUUUGUGUUUCUGUGCACCCACGUACCCCAGUUACCUGUAACAGCCUUGCCUGCCGACUGUCCAUAAUCUUUUACACGUGCUGUGGAAAGGUUGGGAGAAACAGGCUCAUAUGUCAGCAGGGAUCACACUGUGUGUUGCUGCGCCUGUUGUGGACUGAAUUAAUAUCACUGUAGUUAGGGCUUCUGGGGAGGAGACUAGUUUAAACCAAGAUAUUGAUUUUUUAAAAAAUAAAACUAUUUUUAAACAUUUUGGAUGUGCAUUUUUUUUUUUUUUGGCUUAAAAGUUAGUGUACUUUAAUGUCAGGUGGAAAUAACCCUGAAAUAGAAAGCUGAGUUUCAAAAUCCAUAGCUAAGUGCUUUUUCAAACUGUCCAAGAUCUGUGUACACUUGGCUGUGAGCUUGUUAAAUUAAUGGGACUUAAGUGCAUUAUGUCUUUCUGGAUUAGAAAUUACUGCUAGCAAUCAGGUUCUUCAUUAGAUUUUUUUAAAAAAUAAUUUUUGGCUAUGCAUCAUAAAUUAGCUUUCCAGUAUUUAUACUAUGAAAGUACCCAGAUAAGCUUGCAGGAAUCAACCCUUGAGCAUGCUAGACAGGCAAUUUAUAUAAAAUGUAUACAAAGAUGGGAUCCCAUCUCAGUGAGAAGCCCUGGUUCUGUCCAUAGUCUUUCUCUCACAAGUAUGCAUAUUUUUUUUUGCAGAUAUAGGGCUUUAGUGCUGCACUAUGUGCCUUAGACUGAAACACAGAGGACAGCUUAAUCAUCUUUCUCCCAUUCAUAAUGAAGGUGAAUUAUGUAUGUUAAUGAUGGCCAUAUUUGACUGCUGUAGAAGUGCACAUGAGAAAUGAAGCUGUACCCUUUCCACUUUUUCAUAGCAGAUGCUACUGUGAGGUGCUAUCAUCUUUUAGGGGAAACAGUGGUGACUGAAACAAAAAAGAAAUGUGCACAAUUUUGUAAUGAAUUUUUGAUGCCUACAUGAAUUUUUUCAACAAGAAUUGGCAUAGCAAUAUGGUUGACAUUUUUAUAUGCAUAUAUUUUUAAAUGGUUGUUGGUUUAUGUUUAGCUAUUGUCCUUUUCCAGAGUGUUUGGGUUUUCUUUACAAAAAGUUAUUGUGGAAUACUGAAGGAAAUGUAGAUUUCUACAAACAAAAAAAAUGCUGUUUCCUCUUCUGGGUCUUUUACUGGGUAAUGCAUGAAACAUUUUUUCAAGGGCCAAAUGUAACUGUUAAAUUCAAAAGUCAAUGAAGUAUUUAAUUAAAGGCAAUACACAAAGCGUAUCAGUCUAGCCAAACUUUUGAAUAAAAACCUUAGGUGAACUUUUGAGCAUUUUUCAAGUAUCCCUCCUCUUAAAACUAAAAUAUUAUAUUGUGGUAGAUCCUCAUUAUUUUUUCUAGAAUGACUCCAGUGGUUUCCAGAGGUUGAUUCACACAACCUUAAGACUGUUUGUGCUGAUUACAUUUUUCAAGUGUUUGCAGUGCUAUGCUAAACCAGGAGUUGCUUCACUAUGUGUGUGUUAUCGCACUGUAGUAACUCGGCCACAUUACUGUGGUUUGAAAGCUCCAAAAGCUGAUGUGUGAAUCAGCCUGAAGACUUGUGUUGCCACUGAAGUUAAACUGUAGCCACACUGGUUGAAUUUGGCAGUCCUGUGCUAACAGAUGUUAUAGUUAGCUGUUCCCCUAGUUUCCAGUAACUUUAAACAAUCCAGCUAGAUUUUGGCUUAGGGCAGAAUGUUUUGGAACUUCCAUUGUACAAGCCCAGUCAAAAUGAGUAAGCUGUUGGUGGCCUUCAUUGAUUUAAAUGGCGCUUACAUCGAAGGUCCCAGUACAUUAUGCCUGUAAAAUGCGUAGGUGAACUAUUGGAGAGCUCUCCAUUAAAAUAUUGUUUUUAACAAACAGCCUUAAAUUGUUUCCUCAUAUCUGCAUUUUUAUCUUUCAGAUUUCCCCCAUAAGCCUUUGUUUUUACAAUAUUGUUUAUUCCCUGUAAAACAUGUGCUGCGAUGUAUGUGCCUGUAUUCAAGUGAUUUACAUAUACAAAUUAUCACAGAAAAAUGGCAUCAAGCCCUAAUAUCCUCACCAUGUUUGGAGUCUCGGGUCAUUUAUUGUGUCAGUUUGAAAUGUGCUUUCAGACUAAACCUUUGAAAUCUCAGUGUAUUGAUACAUCAAAUGACCUCUUCUGUGUACUAAAUGAGGCUCUUGACACAUUUCAUUCUUGAUGCUUGUGCAAUGUUCUGUGGAAAAUGGAAGUGAAUUAUUUUAUAUCAUGGCUACUUCAACAAGAUUAGAUGCCUCCCCCCUCAGAACUCGACUUUUGAAAAUAAUGUUAUUAAUAGUGAAUUAUUAAGUGUUAGCUUUUAGUCUUAUUUUAAUUUGGGUUUCCAUUUCUCCCCAAUAGUCUUGUCUUUCAACAUCUAUAUUAAAGCCACUGUAAAAAUGAAAUAAAUGUGGACAAAAUGUAUAUAAGAA